UUCUUUUCUAAGUUUGAAGUUUCUUUUAUCUGUCAAACGAUUGAUUAGGUUAUAUUAAAUUUAUUUUGAAAAAUGUUAGGUCUGGAAUUGCUCUAAAACAAUUAUAAUAUUUGUUUAUAGUUGUUUUUAUUUGUUAAGUAUAAUGGCUAUGUUUAGGGCUGGCUUACAACGUCUAUCUAAUGUAUUCAACGGUCAAGGUGGUAUUCUUUCAAGACUUAUUACCCAAAACGCACCAACUACAAAUGUAACUGCCCCUAAUACAACAAAAGAUGUGAUCGCAACAUGCAAUAAACUAAUUGAAGAGAGAACAUCUCGUAACUUCGCAAUAGUACACUUAUUGGGUAAACAGUGGCGAGUUACGGACGGUGAUCUCCUAGUCGUCGAAGGCUACUGGCCACCAAAUAUAGGAGAUAAAAUAAAAUUAGAUAAAGUUUUAUUGGCUGCAACAAAGGAUUUCUCACUUAUUGGAAGACCGCUGGUGCAACCUGGCCUGGUAACAGUGACGGCUACAGUGAUAUCUAAGGGUCUGUCUCACACAAGGACACAUUUCAAGAAGAAGAGGAGAAAGCAAUUUAUGAGAAUUAAUUUUCAAAGAGCACAACAAACCAUGUUAAGAAUAAACACAGUAGAAAUAGCAAAUAAAAUUAAUGAAGCUCCUAAGAAUGUUUUCUAAAUAGAAUAAUAUGCAUGUAGUAGAUUUAAUAAAUCAUUAAAAGUAUAACAAAAA